AAAAAGUUGACACACGAUACCUACUAACAGCAUAUAGCAUGUCAUAUCCUCUAGAUCCCGAAUUAUGCGAUUAUUGCAAACUUCUAUUUGAUAAUAAUGGUGUGGUAUUAGUUUGUGUAAUACCAGAAGUAGAGGAGCAACUAGAUAUUUCAUCUAGAUUGGCAGUACAAUUAGAACAAAUUGAUU